AUGGCCACAAAGGAAGGGCGUCUCAAUGGAAAGGUCGCACUUGUAACUGGUGGUUGUUCCGGAUUUGGUGCAGCGAUCGCGAAAGUAUUUGCCAACAAAGGGGCCAAAGUUCUAAUUGGCGAUCUCAACAUCGACUCUGCUGACGCUGUCAUUAAUGCAUGCCCUUCCGGUUCUGUAUUGGUUCAGCAGAUGGAUGUCACCCAGAGGGCAGACUGGGAUACUGCUUUGCAGCGUACUCUGAAAGAAUUUGGCCAAAUCGAUAUUCUGAUCAACAAUGCUGGAACUAGCUAUAAGAACAAGCCCACACUAGACGUCACAGAAGCGGAAUAUGCUCGAUGCUUUGAUGUCAACUGCCUUGGAAUCUUCCACUCCGUUUCUGCGGUUUUUCCGGUGUUCGUUAAGCAGAAGGCUGGAAUUUGUAUCAACAUGUCGAGUUGCGGGGCUAGCAGGCCACGCCAGGGGCUCGUUUGGUAUAAUGCUAGCAAGGGAGCCGUUUCUAAUGCAACUAAAGGGCUAGCUCUGGAAUUUGGUCCCCACCAAAUUCGAGUCAACUCAAUUUGCCCCCUUCUUUGUGGAACUGGACUAUUUGAAUCCUUCGCGGGUGUUCCUGAUACUCCUGAGAAUCGUCAGCAAUUUCUAGGCAAUGUUCCUCUCGGUCGCUUAACGGAAGUGGAAGAUGUUGCAAAUGCAGCAUUGUUUUUGGCUAGUGAGGAAGGAAAGUUCCUUACUGGCGUGAAUUUGGAUGUUGAUGGGGGUAGAACAAUUUAA